CGCCGCCGGACGUGUCAAAUAUCAAUAUUCAAUCAAUGUACUUGUCUCAUGCAGCUUUUUAACUUUUCUUCUCUUUUGCUUCUCUUUCUCUCGGCAGAUUAUUAUGGAAAAGGCGAAAGCCUACAUCAAAAACGAAUUACGUGGGGGCUCCUUGACAUCGCAUUCGGAGCCCCCGGCAACCAGUCAGCAACAACAGCAUCCAGCACAAUCCCUGCACCACCAACCGUCGCCAACACCUCAACAGCAAGCUGCCAAUUACGAUGAUCCCUCCACUAUCUGCUACGUAUGUGGUGCACGUGGUGCCCAGGAUCAGUUCUACCUCCGGGUGCGGUCGAAUCCGGAGCGCCCAAACGAGCCAUAUUUUCCUUUGCUUGAAACGCACACCCCGCCGAACGGACUGCCCCAGUGGACGCCCGCACAGCUAGGGGUUCGUGCAUGCAAUCUCUGCUUCACAGCCCUGGUCAAACAGUGGGAAUACCACGAACGGGAGGGUAAACCCAUCUCGGAGAGAUUGUACUGGCUCAAACGGAACGAUGGCAAAAGUUUCAUCGGAGCCGAAAUGUCCACCCAGGGCGAAUAUGCCACUCAGGUGCUCGGAUUGAAUCCGGAACACGUGCCUACCACCGGUGGCCGAUCGCUAACGCCUCAGUCGCAACAUGUGAGUUCUUAUGCUAGAAUCGAAAGUCCCAGUAGUUUAGCACGGCCUCGAUCGCAAGACCAUCCCGGGGCAGCGGGUCCUCUGCCGCAACAUUACCAAGUAGCUAGGAACGAAAGUCCAAUCCGGUCCAGCUCGCGGAACGAAUCUCCGCAGAGUAAAACCGAACCAUACCAUCCAACCAAGCGGUACAUCGAAAAUCACAUCAACAAUAGCGGAAGCUAUAGCCAACAGGGUUCGAGGCCUUCCAGUCGAAACGAAAAGAGUGUCACACCGAGGCCUAUGUCCAGGGAAAAUCCCUCGUCGGUGGCGGCAGCACCUCCUAGCACUACAAGUUCCGCCAUCACUCAGCCAGCGACGGCCUCGCCCGUGCUGGCCGGUCGGUUCGAUGGCAUGAAAAUGUCCUCGUUCGCCCACCACAAGCUGAAAAUUAGCAACUACGCCAAUUCACUGGCAAUGCAAGUGCCGCCCGGACAAUCUACCGUUACCUUGUUGGAGUCCAUCCACCCGACCGAUACCAAAUCAACCUCGUCAACGUCGUCGCCGACGCCCCGUUUGGUGGAUGUGCUGGACUUGCGGGUCCAGGCCGAGGCCAUUCCAUCGAAUUACGUGUUCGGCACCAAUGCCAUCAUACUGGACCUUUCGAUGCCGGACAAAAACUCCGUCACCGAGGUGUGCUACGUGUGUGGGGACGAGCAGAGGCGCGGGAGUUUGGUGGAGAUUUCUACCGUCAAGUCAAAGGACAGCAAGGACCAGGACAAACCGUACUUCACCAUCUUCGACGAAACGCAUGCCAGACCCGCCCGUUCGCGACCAAAAGAUCCCAAGGGGAUGGUGCAAGCUUGCAAAAUUUGUCACAACUCUCUGAUCAAUCAGUGGCAUGCGUUUAAUAAACAGUGCGUACCGGAGGCCCAGCGAAAGUACCAGAUCCGGAAGCGGCAGCCCACCCAGGAACGGGCGGCCACAUUCGUCUGCUACACGUGCGGCGCCGAUACGCUCUCCUCGCAGCUGAGGCUCGUCUACUGCUGUCCCAAUGCCGAACGGGAACCAUACUUCCCUUUCAUCAAAACGAUGAAAGCACCGACCAAUGCUAGUCCGAUAAGUCCUCAGGGUAUGGUGCAAAUCUGUUCAACGUGCAAUAAGAAGAACGAACAUCGGUCGGAAGGUGGCCCCGUUAGCAAUGUCGAGGAAAGGUAUCCGUCUCCGUCGAAAAUGACGUCUAGUGUGAUAAACGAGGUUGUACGAUUUAAGCCUUAUGAAUCUCCUUCCGCUCAGCCUGGACCGCUGCGGGACCAGAAAGACUUACGGAAGGAUUCAAGACCAAAUACACCGCCUCACUCUCAAGGACCUGUUGAAAACGGUCAUGUUUUUUCGUGUUACAUUUGUAAGAAUAACUUUCCCCCGCAGUCGAUGGAGUGGCUGUCAACGAGUGCCGAACAUAUGAAUUCGCAUGCAAUGCAUUUUCCCUGCCUCAAAGGCAACAGCGAUCAGGGUCCGGGCCGGGUGCUGGCGUGUAAGGCCUGCGUACAAAACCUCACCGUGCAGUGGGAGACGAUGGAUGCCGAACGGGUGCCGCUCGAGCACCGCAAGUACAUCAUUCCUUCGCCGACACCAAACUCGAUAUCGCCCGGCGGCGGUGGCGUCGUCGUCGGGCAGCAUCGACCACCGAUAGCGCUGGCCACGCCGCCUACCACACCGGCGGGCUCGAACGCACCCAGUACCUCCGUGUACUGUUUCGUCUGUGGCCUACAUUCAGAGUUAAACUUUGCUAGGUUAAUAUAUGCCAAUAAAGAGGGUUCUAGACCUUAUUUUCCUUUUCUGUUAAAACACAAGUCACCUCCCAAUGCGGAACAGUUACGAAGUGAUAGUUCUGCGUUGGUUUGUACAUUUUGUUAUCACUCGCUGUUGAAUCAAUGGCGGAAAUAUGAAGCUCAAAAUACGGUUCCUCCGGGCAACCGGGAGUACAACUUCCACGACUACUGCUGCCACCUGUGCGGGAUCACAACCUAUCGGAAGCGAGUGCGUGCGUUGCCCAUCCGGGAAUACCCCUUCGUGGCGAAUCGAAAAAGCGACGGACUGCUGCUGGAGAACGGCGACUACGCAGUGGUCUGUCUCGAUUGCUACGAAGGCUUAAGGCAACAAUCGGCCGAGUACGAUCGGUGGGGAGUGGCGAUCGAGAAGCGGGAGUACAACUGGGUGGCCCAACCGCCACCGCCGGAGGACAGUCCGGAUGUGUCUGUCGCCCGCCUGCCGAGCGGGGAACGGACCGAUAAAGUCAAUAAAAAUUCUCAAGUAGGUCUACGUCCAAUACCAAAUAAGAAGAACUGUUCUCCAAAGCAAGUUAGUAGCGAUAAGCAGCGAGAUGCACUUCCAACCAAGCUGGCGCAGAAACGUCCAGCUACCAGCCCAGCGCCGCCAGUUCCUUCGCCUCAGCUACCGAUGCAUCAUCCGUCUUCCGUGUCGCCGCACUCCAAUCACCUAGUGGGCUCGAAUCACCUGCCGCCGUCGGCCGGAUCGGUUCCCCCGGGGGCGCACGGAACUCCAGUAGGCGUGGUUCAGCCAUCGCCCAAUCCUUCGGCACAGAAUACGUCCGGCGCGGGGGCCAACAGCGGCAACAGUCGAGGUUCCUUUGCGGCAGCCCUGCGUAAUCUGGCCAAACAGGCCGACGUCAAGGACGAUGAACCGGGUGGUGGUGGCGGCGGCGGCGGUGGUGGAGGAGGAGCAGGCGGAGGCGGUGGAGGUCCGGACCGAAUGGCGAGCGGUGACGGUCGGGGGAACCCGGCGUCCCAAAUGGACGUACGCCGACAGGUGGUGGACGGUCGGGAUCUGAACGAUUCGCGAGGAGGCUCUCUGCAGGAGAGCCGUGUGAGGAGCGCUGAAGCUGCCCGGGGCGGUGAUCCGAAGAAGCGCUCCUCACCGCAGCCACCGGAGAAGAUACAACGUCUCAACCCACCCAGUGCGAGUGCAAUGCCAGCGGAACUGCUAGCGCGCAGCGGAUUCCAACCGUACAGGCCGGACGAACGGUUGACCCACCCGGCCGGUUCCUUUCCUAUGGAUGCGUACGCCAGUUUCGGCACGAUUCCCGGCUUGCCACCAGGCAACAUGUUCAACCCUGCUGCGGCCCUGGCGUACCACGAUCCGUCCAUCUACAUGGAUCCCCGGUUUUCGAUGCUGCGAGCGGCCAAUCACCACUCGGCCGCAGCGGUGGCAGCCGCUGCAGCUGCGCAUCCCUUGUACUCGAGUCUCCCCUAUGGGCCGAACCUGUACGCCGGAAUGAUUCCCGGGAUGGGGAUUGGGGCGCAAAGUAUCCACGAACAGAUGAAACUGGAUGAAGAACGACGGCGGAUGAGGGAGGAAGAGCGAGCCCGGGAGGCACGGGAAGCCAUGGAGCGGGAAAAGGAACUGCGGGAGCAACGGGAGAGAGAACAGAGGGAAAAGGAACAACGGGAGAAAGAAGAAAGAGAAAGGCGAGAAAAGGAGCAAAGGGAGAAGGAACAGCGAGAACGAGAAAUGAGAGAAAAGGAAGAACGAGAAAGGAGAGAACGCGAAAGGGAGCGUGAGAGAGAACGUGAGCGGAUGUUGGCUGCAUCGCACCUGCAGAUGCACCACGCAUCGUUGACUAGGCCAUUUUUCCCGAUGGGCCUUCCACCGGGACUCGGACUUCCGAUGAGAGCCCCAGGGCUUCCCUCGCCGCACCAUCCGCUACAUCCAUCGCUAAGUCUAGGAAUGGGACUAGGUCUACCACAAGUGCCACAACAGCCGCCAGCGUCCUCGCUGAAUAUGUCGCAUCCACCACCGACCAGUCUGGGCGGACAUCCAUCAAUUCCGACUAGCUUAGCGGCUUACAGCCACAGCUUACCCCCGUCGUCGAUGAGUUCCAACUACCACAUGAGUAGUCUGAGUCUUUCGGGCUUACCAGGAGCUCAAAAUCUGAGCAUGGGACAUAUUCCACCGCCGGCCCACGCAUCGCUCAAUCUAUCAGCUGGAUCGCCGGGGUUGUCCUCACCCUCCCCACAGCUGAACUCGGCGCCAUUGUCCCUGUCGACCAAAUCUCAUCCUUCCAUCAUCAGCACUGCUGCCCUUCCGCCCCAUCAUUCUCACUCCCAUCCCUACUACUCAUCGGCAUCGCUUCCGAACCACAGUUCCCCAAGUCCCCUUGCCCUGAGCAGCAAAGCCGGAAGUAAUCUUCUAUCGUCGGCCAACAGUGCCCGGACUGCAACGCCUCCAACAACAUCCACCAACAAUAGCAGUUCUGUUCCUCCUACUUCAGUUCCUUCCGUGGCCACCAUCGGAGGCCCACCAAUGUCAUCUGUAAAUAGUACAAACAUCGCUAGUAUUAACAACCACAAUCAUCAUCCCCAUCAUCCUCACCGGCAGCAGGAUUCACCGCAAUCGGCUUCGGCGCCGCCACCACCCCCACAGGCAAUGGUCAAACCCGGAGUAUCAGUUCCGCCGGUAUCGGCACCUGCUUCCCAGCAACACCAACCGCUAGAUAGUUCCAAUCUAAUCAAAACCAACGGACCCCCGGCGGAUCUAACGACCGGUUCUCCUGUGCCAGCAGCGGUCACAGAAGAACGAACGUCCCCGAGUCCCCGGAAACCCGAACAGGACAGCAACGGAGCCGUCGGCUCGGACGACCCUCUUGCAGCAGCGGAUACAAUCACAAAAGAAGACAAACGAAGCGAAUCAUCGCCAGCGGCCGGUGGAGGUCCCCCGUCGUCCUCCGAAACGGACGGAGACAAAAAGUCUCCACUGAACGGCGGAGGCGCCGGCGGAAGUCCGCCUGCGGCAGCUUCAGCAACAACAGCCAUCGCUGGAACGCCUCCGGCCGUGGCUGCUUCCCAAGCUGCCACUUCAGGUAAUAAUAGUAAUAGUAGUAACGUUAGCAAUAGCAAUAGUAAGAACGACCACAAAGAGCGUGGCGGCGAUGAGAAGGGUUCCGCCGGCGGUGGCGAUCCGCUGGCCCGCAAUGGUGCUAACAGCAGUAAUGGUGGUCCGAAAAAUGCCUCCGAAGCGCUAGGCAACAAGCAGAAACAGCCAAACAACAACAGUCACGGGAAUGGUCCUACGACGGGUGGUGGUGCUGUCUCAGCUACGACCACCCCGACAACGACCACAGUCGGAAAGGAGAACCGAUAGUGUGUUUUGGGUCGUGCUUUUAGAAAUGUAACGUUGAGAAUCGCUAUUUACGCGGUUUGUUAGUCUCGGAUGGAAGAUGUGUACAGAUUGAAAGUUUCAAUAAAUUUCAAUAAAACCAGGUUCGAUAUCGGCUACGGUUGAUUUACAACGCACAGUGGUCCAAAAGUACGUUGAAUUCGGAAAAUUUUGUCUUGUCGAUGUUGGGUGUUUCUUCAGGAAAAUCUCCAGGAUUCCAACAAGAUUCCCACCUAGUUUCUUUUCCGGAAAAAAUUGCUCUAAGAACUGCGUCCAUAGAAUUCCUUCCAAGAUUUCUCUUAGGGAUUUUUUUCGGAUUUUCUCCUGGGAAUUUUUGCGACGAUUUUCAUGAGAUUUCUCUUAUAAGUUUGUUGCAUUCUCCCAUAAAUCUUCUUCAAGGAGUUCUCUAGAAGUUCCCUUCGAGAUCCUUUCAAGAUUCUACCGAGGAUUUCUCCAAGAGUAGUCUCUACCGAGAUUUUUUCCUAAGGUUUCUCAUUUAACUCAAGUCCGAAGUUUUUUCCAAAAUUUCCACGGAGAAUUUUUUGCGAGUUCCCGCAAAUUUUCCAUGAACUCUUCCUGUGAUUUUUCGUUUGUGUUGAGAAAAAUAUCGAUAGGAAACCAGGGGAAAUUUCCAGAAGAUCCCUGUUUUUUUCCUUGAUUGGCGCCUCAACCUUCUACUGAAAGAGCAGUUGUAGUGCUCCACCAAAAUCGUAAGUCCGAAACAGCAAACGAUCGUCUUACUUAGCUGGCUUGGUGCGAUUCAGGUCCCUACAAUUGAAACCAAGCUCAAGGGUGCUUGGUUUUCGGGUCUGUGUCAUUUGCUAUAAGGCCGUUUGGCAUAAGGUCACUUGGCAUGCCAAAUGACCGUUAUGCCAAGUGACCUUAUGCCAAACGACCUUAUGCCGCUCCCUUGGUUUUCGUACCAUCAAACUACCAAGUUGUUAUUCACAGUCACGUGUAAUAAGUGAGAGAGAUUUAACCAGCACACUUCGAAUUCGCCGUCAACCCGAUUACGUUUAUUAUACACUAUGAUUGAUUACUAUUCGUUUAUCUAUCUUAUUUGAUUAUAUUGACUAUUAUUUAGUGCUUAAUUCAUUGAGUUUAUAUCGUUCGAUUGGUGGUAAAUCGAUGAUGUUUGCGUACGAAUGCUUGUGAUUGGGACUUAGCUUAGAAGUAAAAUUCUUUGUUCUCUUAAAAAAACCGAUACCUCUCGCGUUGUGUGAGAGUUGUAUAGACACACACACAUACAGUAAGUAGGAUUAUACUUAUAAUAAAUACGUAUAGAAACGAUGCAAAGCUACCAACCAACCGAUGCAUAAUCAAGAGAGAAUUACUACAAUUGAACAUUUUGAUGAACUGUAUAAAAUAAUGGUAGAAUGUUACAUAUAAAAAUGAACUAAAAACAGACUAACUUAUUCGGAGAUUAGUUUGCGCACUGAUGCAAGUGGACACUUAGGAAUAUAUUGGUGAUGAUGAAUGAAACGAAUAUGAUCGCUUUAGUAUUUUAAGACAGAAAAAACAACAUCUAGCUUAGGAUAAACUUAUCAGAACGAAUGGAGCAGAAGAAAAAUGGAACACUGUAGAGCAAACAAUGCGCAUCGUGCUGAGAAGAAGGAAUGCGCGUGAAUUUAAGAAUGAUGAAAUGUGUUCGUUGUAGUAGCUUUAAGAAAGAUAAAAAAAAAACAAAUAGAAUCAAACUAUUUUAUGAGGACGUAAUAAUGAUUGGUACAUACUGACAAUGUUGCGAUGAAACAAACAAAAAAAAAACGCGAGUAUAUUCGGAUGAUGAAGAAACAGUCUUCUUCUUGAUUAGGCUAGAGGUUAGAGAGACACUAUACAUACUAUGGUAAAAUGCUUGUAAUCGAACGAUGAUGGGAGGGAAAAAGAGAGAUGAAAAAAAAUGAUGCGUUAAGGAAACUAUUUGAUAGUUGGUAGUAUUAGCUUAGCGAUUAAACAAUGGCAACACAAAUAUUAUCACUCUAGCGAAUAUCGAGAGGAACCUGUGUAAAAAAAGCAGAAGAAACAAAACAAGCAAGGUGAAGCAAAUGCACGUUUAUAUUAAAACAAAAA